AUGAAGGAGCAGAAGUUUGAAAACUAUUUUGGGCGCAAGAUCGCGGUGGACGCCUCCAUGCACAUCUAUGCUUUCAUGGUUGUGGUUGGCAGGACUGGAGAUCAGACUCUGACAGAUGAAGCAGGGAAUGUCACGAGCCAUCUCCAAGGCAUGUUUUUCCGCACGGUGAAGAUGCUGGAGUCUGGGAUGAAGCCUGUGUUUGUUUUCGAUGGCAAAGCCCCGACACUGAAGUCUGAUGAGCUGGCGAAGCGAUACUCCAAGCGCCAGACUGCCACCACAGAUCUAGAGACGGCCAAGGAGACUGGUACCAAGGAGGAUGUGGAAAAGUACUCCAAGCGCACCGUCCGUGUCACCCGUGAGCACAAUGCAGAGUGUCGCCGCCUGCUGCAGCUGCUGGGGGUCCCCAUCAUAGAUGCGCCCUCCGAGGCCGAAGCACAGUGCGCAUCCCUAUGCUCCCAGGGCCUGGUGUAUGGCAUUGCCACCGAGGACAUGGACGCCCUCACCUUUGCCACACCGCGCCUCAUUCGUCACCUCAUGUCGCCCGCAGCUGCCAACAAACCUGUCACCGAGUUUGAGUAUGACCAGGUACUGGCUGAACUGGACCUCACGGCCGAUCAGUUUGUUGAUCUGUGCAUUCUGUGUGGCUGCGACUAUACCGAGAAAAUUGGCAACAUUGGACCCUUCAGAGCUCUCCAGCUGAUUAAAAAGCAUGGCAGCUUGGAGGCCACCCUUGCCGCCCUGGACCCGGAGAAGUACAAUAUCCCCGAGCCGUUCCCGUACAAGGAGGCCAAGGAGCUCUUCCUGAACCCAGAAGUGCUGAAGCCUGAGAACAUUCCGCCCAUGAAAUGGACAAGCCCAGAUCUAGACGGAUUGCUGGAAUUCCUGGUGAAGGAGAAGUCUUUCAACGAGGAGCGGGUGCGCAGUGCUAUCCAGCGCGUAACUGCGGCAAAGAGCAAGAGUAAUCAAGGGAGAUUGGACUCCUUCUUUGGGCCCAGCAAGACGCCCCCUUCUCAAGCCCCCAAACGAAAGGAGGCGGGUAAGGUUGUGCCGCCUCCGAAAAAGGGCAAGCUUGGAGGAUUCGGGAAGAAGAAGUGA